AUGUGCAGAAGUCCGUUAAUCGUUAAUCCAAUGCCUAAUAGACCUAAUAGUUACCGCACGGCACCGGCAAAUGCCGGGCGGCGCGUGGCAGCGAGUGAAACAAAAACAAAACUAGAUAUAUUUUGCCGGCGAGUGCGAUUUGAAGAGAUUGUUAAGGCGGGCUCUAACCGGGGCAAGACAAAAAGGAGAACUCAUUCUGAAAAUGACAAUAUUAAUGAUGAUGAUAGCACAAGUAGCAGUAAUCCUACUCCCGUUAAAAGAAUAAUACAACAGGGUCGACAGCUGAGCAUCGGGGAAUCGUUCGGGAUUGCAGCUACUGGCAGCGGUGUACCCCAAGCCAAAGUGGACAAAUGUAUAGUCAAUUUAUUUGUUUUAAACAUGAUUCCUUUACAUGUUGUCGAAAGCAAGUCUUUUGGUGCGUUGAUAAUUCAAUUUCAAGAAGAACUUUGGGUAGAAGAUGCCUUACGACAAGAAGCAGCGGAAAAUUCGAAAGACAGAGAUAGUUUAAGCGGCGGAGGGAGCAAUGCGAGUAACAACGAUGAUGACGAGGAAGACUUUUUCAAUUCUGUCACUCAGUCUAUAGAAAAACCAAAGAACUCCAACUCUUUAAAGAGUAAAGCGCAAAGUCUCGUUAAAAUGUGGCUAGACAUGAAAUCAAAAGACUCGUUCAACGAUGCUGCAUUCCUCGGGGAACAGAUAUUCAUAAAUCUAUUCAUUAAAUACAAUACUGCUAUACCCUCAAGCGCUGCAGUUGAACGUCUUUUUUCCACGGGUAAAGACAUUUUAACACCAAAACGAGCCUCGCUCUCAGACGAGAACUUCAACAUGUUAAUGUUCAUGAAGGGGAAUAUGCACCUUAUGCCCGACGAUUAA